AUGACUUCAAUUAUUCACCGACGGCCCAGCAGUGCCAAUUCCAAGAACGAAGCCUCCUCAAAUGUUCUUCCACGACAUAACAGCGAGAAAACCAACCAACCCAAGGUCCUGGGACUUUUCCGCGUCCAGACAUCCGGGGAAAGCGGAAGAAAUGGCUUCCACCCGGUACACUUUUUGAGAGUAUGUUUCCGAAGCACAUGUACCGUUUCCAUGGUCGUCAAUAUUCUCUGGCCAUUCGUCCCCGCUGCUAUUGUCAUAGCAUUCGCUCGGCCGGAUCUUGACCUUUGGGUAUUCAUUCUCAAUUACAUCGCUAUCGUACCGAGUGCGAAUCUGCUGGGAUUUGCUGGUGGCGAGCUGGCGCGUAAAUUGCCUAAGGUCUGGGGUAUCCUGCUGGAGACGUCACUGACUUCGGCCGUCGAGCUUAUCCUGUUUAUGGUCUUGAUUAAGAAGAACGAUCACAAUGACUUGAUCUCCGUCAUUCAAGCCGCUAUUUUGGGUUCGAUAUUGGCCAAUCUGCUCUUGUGUCUGGGCUUGUGUUUUUUCAUUGGUGGCCUAAGGCGUGAAGAGCAGAUUUUGCACGAAGCUGUUAGCGAGGUUGGAUCUGGACUACUUCUUGUCGCUGGCUUCGGAUUGUUGAUCCCGAGUGCCUUUUUUUCCGCAUUGUCUGGCGCUGUCUCGCCGAAUGGCACCUUUACCGCCGAUGAACUUCUCUCAAACACGAGAAAGAUUAGCCGGGCCACCGCUAUCAUUCUCUUUGCGGCCUUUUGCAUGUUUUUAUGGUACAAUCUCCGCACACACCACAGUAUAUUCGAUGAAGUUCUCGAAAACGACGAGAACCAAAACAAUGAUGGAGAAAAGGAACGAAAUCGGCCUAAACUCACUCUCCCCGAGAGUCUUGUUGCGAUUGCGGUUUCCUUAACCUUAGUCGCUCUUUCCGCCGUGUUCUUGGUUGAAAAUAUCCCUGCUAUCAGAAGCCGAGGUGUGCCGGAUAAUUUCAUCGGUUUAAUUCUGGUUCCGCUGGUUGAGAAGGCGGCAGAACAUUUGACUGCGAUUGAUGAAGCAUGGGAUAAUCAAAUCAAUUUUGCACUUUUCCACUGUCUUGGUCCGUCUAUUCAGACUGCCCUACUGAAUUCGCCUCUCGUUGUCAUUGUUGGCUGGGGACUCGGCACAGAUAUGGAUCUUAAUUUUGAGAUUUUCAUGGUCGUGAUGCUCGUGAUGUCGAUCUUGGUUGUGGGCAACUUCAUGCGCGACGGCAAGUCGAACUAUAUGGAAGGCGGCCUCUGCGUCUUGGUGUAUCUAAUUAUUGCCGUGACGGCGUGGUACUACCCAAACCCAGAAGACGGCACGACUAACGUGCAACUGCCUGCAAAAUAG